AGCCCGCGGGGCGGAGGAUGGAGUAGCGGGGCGAGGAGCAGCCGGAGCUGAUAGCGCGGGGAGCGCCGGCUCCGCCCGGAGGAGAAGGGAGGAAGGCAGGGAUCAUGCACGGGGGCGUAACGGGUUAGGGGCAGGAGGCGGGUGGUCGCCCGGAGACUCCGCACCUCGGGAGUGCCGCCCUGCUGCAGUGCCGCUGCCUGCCUUCGCUGCCCGAGCUCGUCAAUGGAGCUGGAAAACAUCGUUGCCAACACCGUCUUGCUGAAAGCCAGGGAAGGGGGUGGAGGGAAACGCAAAGGCAAAAGCAAAAAGUGGAAGGAAAUCUUGAAAUUCCCUCACAUUAGCCAGUGUGAAGAUCUCCGAAGAACAAUAGAGAGAGAUUACUGCAGCAUAUGUGAAAAGCAGCCGAUCGGAAGGCUUCUCUUUCGGCAGUUCUGUGAAACUCGACCCGAGCUCGAGUGCUGCAUUAGGUUCCUUGACUCGGUGGCAGAAUAUGAAAUUGCUCCAGAUGAAAAGCUGGGAGAGAAAGGAAAGGAAAUCAUGAUGAAAUACCUCACCCCAGAGUCUCCAGCCUUAGUUCCUGAAGUCAGUCAAGAUCUUAUCCAUCAGACUGAGGAGAAACUCGAAAACAGCCCCUGCAAAGAGCUGUUCUCCCAGUGUAGAAAAUCUGUCCUUGACCACCUCAGAAGGGAACCAUUCCAAGAAUACCUGAACAGCAUGUACUUUGACAGGUUUCUCCAGUGGAAGUGGUUGGAGAGGCAACCAGUAACGAAGAACACGUUUCGGCAGUACCGAGUGCUCGGGAAAGGCGGCUUCGGGGAGGUCUGUGCUUGCCAAGUCCGAGCGACGGGGAAGAUGUAUGCCUGCAAGAGAUUAGAGAAGAAGAGAAUAAAAAAGAGGAAAGGCGAAUCCAUGGCCCUAAAUGAAAAGCAGAUUUUAGAAAAAGUCAAUAGUCAGUUUGUAGUCAAUUUAGCCUAUGCCUAUGAAACAAAGGAUGCACUGUGUUUAGUUCUGACCAUAAUGAAUGGAGGUGACCUGAAGUUUCAUAUCUACAACAUGGGAAACCCAGGCUUCGAGGAGGAAAGAGCUUUGUUUUAUGCAGCAGAGAUUCUCUGUGGCUUAGAAGACCUUCACAGAGAAAACACUGUGUACAGAGAUCUGAAGCCAGAAAAUAUCCUGCUAGAUGAUUAUGGCCAUAUUAGAAUAUCUGAUUUGGGUCUAGCUGUUAAAAUCCCUGAGGGUGAAUCAAUCCGUGGAAGAGUAGGAACUGUAGGGUAUAUGGCUCCAGAAGUGUUGAACAACCAGAGAUACACUCUCAGCCCUGACUACUGGGGGCUGGGCUGUCUCAUUUAUGAAAUGAUUGCUGGGCAAUCACCAUUUCGCGGAAGGAAAGAGAAGGUGAAGAGGGAAGAAGUGGACAGAAGGGUGCUGGAGACAGAAGAGGUGUACUCCCAUAAGUUUUCCGAGGAGGCCAAGUCCAUCUGUAAAAUGCUCCUCACCAAAGAUGUGAAGCAGCGGCUGGGAUGUCAAGGGGAAGGUGCAGCAGAAGUGAAGAGACACCCUUUUUUCAAGAGCAUGAAUUUCAAGCGGUUAGAAGCAGGAAUGCUGGAUCCUCCCUUUGUCCCUGAUCCCAGAGCAGUGUACUGCAAGGACGUGCUGGACAUAGAACAGUUCUCCACCGUGAAAGGAGUUAACUUGGACCAAACAGACGAUGAUUUCUAUUCCAAGUUUUCCACAGGAUCAGUGUCUAUUCCAUGGCAAAAUGAGAUGAUAGAAACAGAGUGUUUCAAAGAACUGAAUGUAUUUGGACCAAAUGGUACUAUUUCACCAGACCUAAACAAAAGCUACCCCCCGGAGCCACCCAAGAAAGGAUUGCUGCAGAGGAUAUUUAAAAGACAGCAUCAGAACAAUUCAAAGAGUUCUCCAAAUUCAAAGGCCAGUUUAAAUCACCAUAUUAAUUCAAAUCAUGUCAGUUCAAACUCCACUGGAAGCAGCUAGUUCCAACUCAGUUUUAUGAAGCAACAUGUUGCAUCCUUCCACUAUAAUCUAUGGAGCUUCUAUGGAUGAGAGAGCCUUCACCAUUGAGUGAAAAGAAAGAAAGAGAAAAGGAUCUCCCCAAAAUGGAGAUUUUUCUAUCCAUUCCUUCCAGUGGAGCCUCACAUUUUAAGAAGAAUUUUUCCACUCAGGUCUGUUUUUGGAGGUGGCACUCAAGACUGUGGGAAUCAAAUUUGUCUAUUUAGAACAUUGCAAUAGAAAUUCAAUGAACAUGACUACUUGCACGUAUUUAAAUAGCAUCAUACUAGAACUGAAUUUUGUCUUUAUUAUUUUUAAAGAAAAGUUUUGUAAAUUUCUCUAUUGUCUCAGUUUACAUUUUGUACAUUUGUAUUUAAAUGAAAGUCAGACUUUGGAGGUGUAUAUUUUCCAAGCAGCAGCUGUAAAGCCAUGUGUUUUAAGACAUUUUUUUAAAGAAAAAAAAAAUAAUAAUAAUGUGACUCAAGACUUCCAGAGCCUCAAAUGAGAAAUCAUUCUUUUUAGUAAUUCUAGGAAAUUAUUCAUAAAUCACUUGAUCAGACUGGGUUUUAUUGACAUGCAUUUUUAUGAAACAGUUGAUUCUUAAUUCUUUUACAUCUGUAUAUUUGGUUUACAGCAACACUGCAUACAUUUCUCCUCUUCAUGAGCUUGUAAGGUCUGGCAUUAAAUGCUGAAAGACAAGAUUGUGAUGCAUUCAAGAAUGCUACUUGCUAUGCCUGAGGUUUGUGAUGUCAUGGGACCAGCACAGCUGAGGUUUGCACUUACUUGCCUUUGUUAGCUCAUCAAAAGACUUUUGGUUAGAAAGGGAAUCCUAUUUUAAGCCUUCCCCUUCACUAGUUUUUGUGCCAUUUCUAAUGACAGCAAGAACAAAACGGAGCGAGAGGUGACCAGGAAAGCAAAUGACCAUUUGUUUUUCAAGCAUUUGACAGCUGCACCUGCUGAAAUGAGAGCAAAAUUCCUGCUGCAGUCAACAGUCCAAGGCCUUUCCACAGUUGUUCAUUCCAAACAGGUAGCAGGGGGGAAAUUCAGUAGUGUGACCAUGAGAUUCACACCAGCUUUCUGGAGCUGAGCUGUCGGGUUCAGAGUGGGAUCUGAGCUGCUUUUGAGCAGUAGCCUCUAGGUUGGCUCUGCACUUUGAGUCCUUCAGUGUGUCAUGCCAAGCACACCAUGACUUGCCCCCCAGUUAGGUCCUUGAAUUAACCGGAUAAAAUGUUGGUUAGGAAGUAAUACCUCCCAUUUUUGGUUCCAUCAGUCUUUCCAGGACCCUUUACUCAGUGACAAAAACCUUGUUCCCACUAGUAUAAACUGGAUGGCUGAGGACCAGCAGCAGUACCUCAGGCAUCAGAAUCGUGCUCUUCUCAACUGUGCCACUCUCUUUUCUUAUUAAGAACAUCAGAUCAAAAGUGUGGUUUCUUCCCUUCAACAGGAAUUGGAAAACCUUUGUCCUCCCAAGUGCAGACAGGAUCUGGCCAAUGCAGAAGAGAAAUGCAGGUUAGUAGUGACAAAACGCUUGAGUGAGAAAGUCACAGGAAUUACAUGUUAGCCUGAGGUCACGAGGGAGGGAGACAGAACAGGGCCAGGAUUUGCACAAAGCAAUUGUCAGAGAAAAGUCAAGGAAGGGAGAUGGGGCCUUUAUCAGGAGUGAGGUGUGUUAAGAAACCAAUCUGUAAUAUUAAUAAAACCAUGGGCAGGACAAGGAAGACAGACAAGCUGUGAACUUUGGAGGAUGGCAUGAAAUCUACCACAAAGUGUGUAUCUUCAGCAGGUGUCCAGUGGCAGUUGUUAUCACACAUUGCUGCACGUUCCUCCUUGGCUCAUCCUGCCUUGGAAUUUGCACACAAGGUUAUACUAGGGUCUGGCCCAUGGCUCAAAGGCAAGAUGAUCUCUGUGGGGGCCAGAUGGAAUGGUUUGAUGAGGCAGGUAGGUAUCCACUCAGCCUGCAGCAACAGCCAUCACAGGCCUCUGCUCCCACGGAGUCGAGCCUUGGCCGGGAGGUCCCUGUGUAGAUGUCUCUGGAAGAGCAAUAAAAUGCACACACUCAUAGCACAGCUGCUCCUUGUGGACCCCAUGGAAUGGGUGGCUGCAGGACCUGACUUCAUUGUGGACAAGAUAUGGGUGUUUUUUACCUCUGCUUCACAGGUAGUUGUGAUUUAUUUUUUGUCAGUUCCUAUUUGUCAUACUCACUUGUCAAGUCUCUCAGUGCAGAUGAGACCAUACAGCAGACAUUUCUAGGCAUUUCCCAUACAAUCUUUGGAAAUACAGGACUUUGCUUUCAAAGAACAUCCUUGGGUUAAUCUGCCCCUUGGGAUGUAGGCCAUCAUCCUUCAUCCAUGUAGCACCAAGGAAAAGUAGCCUGCAGGAGCUCUAGAAGUCCAGACUAAAAUGAGUAAUACUUAGGUAAGGGAUUCCAGCUUCCUAAAAGCACCACGUUUUUUCUGGUCCUGCAACAAAGAGGUCCAGUGAUGAAUGGUGUGGGACACUUACAGGUUCUCCUGCCUGAGGAUGGUCCUUGCCUGUCUCAGGCUACAGGGGGGUACAUUUGGCAGUGAAGUCUGGGAGGACUGGUCUGUCCAGUGGCUCCAUGGAAAACAGAAGGUUCCAGAGUUGUCUUUGCCAAGCUUUCCACAAGUACAACCUGCACUUUAGAACACCACUAAUUAUUUAGAGUAAGAAUAAUAAUGACUAAAGCCCGCCAGCCAAAGCUGAGAGCAAAACUGCCUGGGUUUAAAAGAAUUCUUUGCUUUUGUGUGCUGGGCAGGACACAAUCUCUUUUUAUACUAAAGAAUAUUGUUUCUGCAGUGCUGGCUGGUAAUAACUUUCUGUCCUGAACUGCAAAAGGAAAAGAGAAAUAAAUCAGUUCAGAGAAAUCUACAGGUUAUUUCCCUGAGGGAAACCACCAAAGAAGGUGAAAGCCAAGAAUGUGCUGGGGAGUUAUAUCCUCACCUCCCCCAGAGUCUCUGUGAGAAUACAAAUACAAGCUGCUGUGGUUGGGUCAGCUGGGCUGGUGUACUGGCUUGAUGAAACAGUUUUGAACAGAUUGCUGCCUGCUCACCAAAAUGAGUGUUACUGCUGGCUCAGAUGGAUUCUUCUUGGUUCAUGUGCUGGAGCCAGAAGAGGUGGUUUGUGUUCCUCUUCUGCCCACAUUUUUCUUGAUUCUGAAACAUGGAGGGAAUGCUCUGUCAAUAGAAAGCACUUUGGAGUCCAUGCGAAAAACAGAUCAAUAUCAACUCUUUGUGUUAUUAUUUAAGUGAAAUAGGCUUAACAUAGCUGCUCUUAUUUACAGGACUAAGGAGAUGACUCUUGUAAAUUAGGGCUCUUUUUUUUAUUAUUGGUUUGUCUUAGUUCCUUAGAGAUACUGAAACAGAACACACUGUGCUUCUGUAACACCAUCUCCAACAGAAGAUGACAGUGCAAAUGAUAAAGUUUUCCUUUCUUGUCUAAGAGCUAGCUAGUCAUUGCAGCAUUCACACAAAAACUUCCUCUCUUUUUUAAUAUAUAUAUAUUGGAAAGAAAUAGUUAUGAACAAGGGAACAAAAUGAUUUUAAUUAGUUAGAUGCUUCUUGGCCAAGCCUGCAAAGGAGUCCCUGGGUACCAGCUCAGUGAGCUGCUGCCUGAAGUCACAAAGAGGCUAAAGUUGGCUCCACUCACUGCCCUGCUGUGGAAACAGAGGCAAUCACAUACCUGGGAUCCACAGGCUCCAAAGGGGAGCUCCAGGUUUUCUGGAGAACCAGUGGUCCUGUAGAGAAGAGUCAUUCUCAGAGAAGAAACCUUUCAGGUAGUGGCUGGACGACAAAUGGGUUUUCCUUCCUCAUCACCCCACAUGCAGCUGUGAACUGUGUUCCUUAGCAAGCUGAAACCAGUCAUGUCUCGAGUGUGGUCUCCUUUAAUUGCAUUUCUUUUGAACACUGGACACUCUUCUGAAAGACUUCACAUUUCAGCCUUUUGAAGAUGAAAGCUGUAAAAACUUUAUUUUGUCUUUCUGAGCAAUGUAGAUAGACCUAAAGAUUUCAUGAACUCUCAUGUGGUUGCCCAUAUCUGACUAAUAAUUAAAUUGUAAAAUUACAGUUUCAUAUUAGGGUUAGGCUUUUCACCUGCUUUAAAAAUUAAAAAUCAUAUUUGGUAUAUAAACACACACAGAAUAUCCUUCUGAUUGAAUUUCAAGAGCAUAUCCAGGACUAAAUGUUUUUAAGCACUUCUAAUACUGUAGUCUAUAAGAGGAGCAGACACUUCUAAAGCAAUGUUAAAAGUUGUCUUUCAUAACUGAGUCAACAGAUCAUUUUUGUAAUCAAUUAAAGCAAGUGUUUUCAAUUAGAAGAGCUAGUGGCUGUUGGUAUUGUAAAAAAAAAUAAAUAAAUCAUACUAGUAUCCAAAGGGUUAGGGGUGGGGAGGGUCUGUUUGGUUUUGUUUCUCUUUCCAGGGAGAUCUUUAACAUUGUUUGAUGAAGCUAGUUUCAUUUUGAGAUUGUUACUGAAGAUAAAGGCUUCUGUGUUCUAUGGCUGCUUGGAUUCUUCGUACAUAAUGUCCUAGUAAUGUCACAGUGCUGCUGUAUCUAGAUCAAACCACUGUUUUGAUUGGUUUUUUUGGCUUUGGUUUUGUUUUGUUUGGGUUUUUUUUUUUAAUAAAUUCCUUAAUUUAAAUACAUGAAAA